AUGGCGCAUAAUGGAGGCUUCGGCGCUUCCUAUCGACCUCCGGCUCCUCAGCCUGCACCAGAACCACCGCUGAGCCAUCGCAUCUCAAACUGGUCUGUCGCCAGUGACUGGGAUACCUAUCAGCAACAAGACGAGUACGAGAGCCCCUCGAGUCCACUUCGCGGCGCUCGUGGAAGGGAGGCCCCGGCCUCACAUUCCUUUUCCCACCCGACUCAUUCUUCACCGUCGCAGCACGAAUCAGACGAAUCCGAACCACAACCCCGGAUAUCAAGGGCAUCAUCAUGGUCCGGAUCCUUCGCCUACAAAGGCGUCCCCAGAAUCGACCCCGCGCCUGCCACCGCAAACCCUUUGACGAGAAAAUCCAGUCGCGCUUUUCGACGGCCAUCGGUGCUGCGCUCGCAACAGUCUAUCCCCGAGGAAGAACACGACCUGUCGCUGCUGCGUUCUGCCGCACCCAUCAGUCAGUCGCAUCACGCGUCGGUCUCGGAAGAUGAACCCAUUUUCGAUGUAACCGCUACCCUCGGUCCCAUGGGGUUCCAAGACGACGGCUUCCUCAAGAAGUUGCAGGAGCAGGAGGCCAGCGGACACCUCACUGGAGGUCUCGGGGCCGGUUUCAAACCGGAUACCACAAUCAAGGGAGACGAUCUUCUGUUAUCGCCGGCGUCCCCCAAGAAGUCCCUUGCACGAUCUUUCACUCGACGCGGAAAGCUCAGUCGCACUGCGACACUCAAAGCAUUCGGCCAAGAUGAGGCCAACAAGCGAGGAGAGGUUAUCGAGGUGAUUAUAGAAGAUCCGGGUGCCAACCGCGGUGAUCAAGUCGAUCUCAGUGUGAUGGCCGGACCGGAUAUUGGAGAUGACGACGGUGGGAAUAUGCGGCAGGCCACCUUUCCCGUCAACAAGGGUCAGAAGACGCAAGUCUUCUACCCGCAUCCCAACUGGAAGCCAUUUCCGAUGAGAUGGCCUUACCUUUCUGCCCUGAUUGGGUUGUCCAUUGUGUUGGCCAUCAUGGUCGAGCUGCUGUACCAAAGGUCGCGCCACGACCCGUUGCUCAAGUUCCAGUUCCCGGGCGAUGUCCCGGGCGAGCAGUACUUCGCUGUCAAGUUCCUCCCGACCAUGCUUUCCGUCACGUACGGUGUGUUAUGGCAAGUGACAGACUUUGAAGUCAAACGCCUCGAAGCCUACUAUCAGCUCUCAAAGGACGGCGGCGCACUUGCGGCCGAGUCCAUCAACGUCGACUACGUCACGAGUUUGAGUUGGCUGCGACCAUUCCGGGCGUUGAAGCUGCGACACUACGCCGUUGCCGUCUCGUCCAUCUCGACGUCUUUGGCUGUGUCUCUGGUGCCAACAUUCGGCGCUGCGGCAUUCGUUCUGUACCCCGACAGGGCCACACGCCUCGCGCAUCCCGACCAGGAGAAGGUCAUCCGCCUUCACGCGGUCUGGUCGAGGUUGCUCUCGAGCACGUUGUGCAUCUGCGCAUUCUGCGGCUGCGUCCUCUUGUACAUCCUCCAACGAAGGAGAUCAGGUCUUCUGGCUGAUGUCAAAGGUAUCGCUGGUCUUGCGUCAAUGGCCGUGGUGAGCCACAUCCUCGUGGACUUUGCGGAUCUCGAUGUUGUUACCCACAGCGACAUUCAUGCCAAGCUGAAGCACCGUCGCUAUGUUCUUCGCAACGCCUCUUUGGCACCAGAUGACGAGAAUCCCGCGUCUUCUCAAGAACGAGACCAGUUCCGCGAGCAUUACCUGCCGGAUAACCCCCAUCCGCGCAUGUUGCGCCUCGACGGCUAUCUGCCGUACGUGAUCGGCAUCGUUCUCUUCAUCGGCUUCAUUCCAAUUUUCUUGUUCUCCGAAGCAAGCGUCAUCACCACCAAUGCGCCAUGGGUGGUAACGGCGCUGGCCGUCAGCAUCAAGCUUGGCUGGGGAGGACUAGAAACGGAUAUGCGGAUGAUGGAACCCUACUACAUCCUGUCAAAGAGGCAUUCAUCGUCCAGGACACUCACCUUGGAUUACACCGCCAUGCCGUUUGCGUACAUGCCGUUCCAAGCGUUCCUCAACGGUCAUGUCUUGAUGUUCCUGGUUGGAUUCGGCACCAUGAUGACGGAGCUUCUGACGGUGCUGCUGACUAGUCUUGCGACUGUCGUCGGCACCGAGUUCCUCGACGCCGCCAUCAAACCGCCCGAGAAACCCGGCGACCCCAACUUUGGCGGGAUCAACGCCGGCCAAGAGACGGUGUCGUCGUUCUGGAUCUCGUAUGGUCUGGCUACUUUCAUUUUGCUGUACAUGGGCACAGUGGCCACGAUCGUGUUCCUUCGAAGACGACAUCCGUUCCUUCCGCGACAGCCAAACACCAUUGCGUCACACUUAGCCUUCAUCCACCAGAGCAAGAUGAUCUACGACUUCGUCGGGACUUCGAAGCUGAGCAACGCGGGCAUGGUGCGCCAUCUCGAGAAGCUGGGCAAGACGUACGGACUCGGAUGGUUCGAGGGUCGUGACGGGCAGACGCACUGUGGUGUCGACCAGGAGGAGCUUCUGGGCUGUUAUAAGCACGGCAUGGAUUUCCAGGGGACGAACAAGCCGUGGAACCAGCAUUGGGAGACGUACGACUAA